GAGCACGAAUGGAAGAUGCAGUGACACUGGCCAUGGAGCAGCCAUCUGGCCUGCAGGUGGACUACGUCUUCCGGGGCGUGGAGCACGCCGUGCGGGUGGCGGUGUCUGGGCAGGUGCUGGAGCUGGAGGUGGAGGACAGGAUGACGGCUGACCAGUGGCGGGCUGAGUUCGACGCCAGCUUCAUCGAAGAUCUGACUCACAAGACAGGGAACUUCAAACAGUUCAACAUCUUCUGUAACAUGCUGGAGUCGGCCCUUACCCAGAGCAGUGAAUCGGUCACCCUUGACCUACUGACCUACACAGAUCUGGAGUCCCUGCGGAACCGCAAGAUGGGGGGCCGCCCAGGCCCCUCAGCCUCCAGGUCAGCCCAGCUCAACUCCAAGCGCUACCUGAUCCUGAUCUACUCCGUGGAGUUUGACAGGAUUCACUACCCGCUGCCCCUCCCGUACCAGGGCAAGCCGGACCCCGUGGUCCUUCAGGGCAUCAUCCGCUCACUGAAGGAGGAGCUGGGCCGCCUUCGCGGGCUGGACGGCCAGGACCCUCGGGAAGCACGAGACUCCGAGAUCUGGCACCUGCGGGAGCAGGUGUCUCGCCUGGCUUCUGAGAAGCGGGAGCUGGAGGCCCAGCUGGGCCGGUCGCGCGAGGAGGCGCUGGCCGGGAGGGCGGCGCGCCAGGAGAUGGUGAGAUCCGGAAAGAGGCCUGGUUUAGGAGUUGUCAUGGCCGGUAAGAAACUGACAAUGGGGUCCUCUGCUCCCAGGAGACGGACCCCGCCGGUGGUGCCGCACCCAGCCCGGGAGGACCGGACUUCGUCGUCCCGGGAGCGCUCCACGUCGCGUGGUCGUGGCGCCACCCGCUCCUCAUCCCGGGAGAGUGGCCGCGGGGGCCGGGGUCGAGGCCGCCCUGCCCGCCCCUCGCCCUCGCCCACAGGUGGUCGCUUGCCCCGUUUUGACCCCACAGCCUUUGUGAAAGCCAAGGAGAAGAAGCUGAAAGAGAUCAAGAUGAAGCAGCAGCAGCGGAACCGAUUGGGCAGUGGAGGAAGCGGGGACGGGCCGUCCAUCUCCUGGGCUCGCCAGACUCGUCCCCCUGCUUCCGUGACCAGCCGAGGGGACGCGGCUAACCGCUCCCGAAACCGCAGCUCCUCGGUGGACAGUUUCCGCAGCCGCUGCUCGUCCGCCAGCUCCUGCAGCGAGUUCGAGGAUUUCUCCGAAUCCCUCCCUAGAGGCGUUCGCUGCCGCCGCGGGAAGGCCCCCAGCCCCACAGCCUUGAGUGAGUCCAAUACGAAGUCCACCCCCAUGGAGCGUGGCCGCCAUCAGAGAUGCCUGGCCAAUUCGGGGGCCUGGGUCCCCAUCAAAGAAUACAGCUCCGACUACCAGGCGACCGACAUAGCCGAGAUAGACGCGCGCCUGAAGGCCUUGCAGGAAUACAUGAACAGACUGGACACGCGCUCCUGACCGCGGAGAGGCAGCCCCGCCCCUCCAGGCCCUGCCCGCCGGGGAUUCGGAGUGGGGGCGGGGCCGGUGUUUCCUUCCAGCCCCGCCCAGGCCCCGCCCCUCCUGGUGCUCUGGGGUCUCCGGUGUGUGAGGCCUUUACUCCUCCGGCUUCCCCUCCCCCUCCUCCUCCCCAGGCAUUGCACGCUGGGAGGGAGGGUCUGUGCAUUUUGUAAAUAAACAUAUUUGACCUUGGGA